ACAUUUUUUGACAGGACGACCUAGACGUCCCGUAAGUUAUUCCCACAGAAACACGAGCUCUUCUAAAGGUUCCGCCUGAGUGUUGGUGACUUGUCAGUGCGGAUGGGACUCACCUAACCAUAAGGAAACGAAAGGCAGCUUUGGAACACCCUGCCUGCUAUCCUCUCUGAGGUACCCCCCACCCUGAGACAUGGCUGAGCAACUUCCAGAUACCAAACAUCUGCAAACAGCAGAUGACGCACAGCUCACUACAACAUGUCAUGAUGGAUGCAAACCAGAGGAGGCUGAUAAUGCUCUGGGUGUAAACCUGCAACAACCAGACGCUAAAGAGAAGAUGGCACCUCCUACAGAAGGAUCAGCCUCUCCAGAUCAUGAUAAGAUGCCGAUUGAAGAGAGCAACCCCCCGACUCAGGCUGAUGAUGGAGCUCAUGGAGAUUGUGAAGGAGAGACAAAAAGAAAUGAGCUUUCAACCAAGGCAGCUGAGGAGAUUGCCAGAAAAUACCACACUGGAGAAACGGCAGCGCAAGACAUCGCAACUCCCCAGGAUGACCGAAAGGAUGACCGAAAGGAUGACCACGUAGAUGGACCCAACAACACAAGUACUAAAGAAGAGGAUGAUGUGAGAAGCAGCCUCGAGGAGAAUCAAGCAGAAGGUGAAGGAGGACAAGAAGAAGAAGGCAGAGAAGAAGAAGGCAAAGAAGAAGAAGAAGAAAAAAAAGAGAACUUAACCACCCCAUCUGCAAAAUUGCAACCGAAAAUCUCAGUGGAAGAACCGAUAUGUCUGCAGAGAAAUGAUGUUGAAACCAUUGGUCCUACCACAGAGGAGACGCGUGAACCUGUUAACAUUUUUGGCGGAAACAGGUUAUAUCUGAUGGCAGUGUUUUGUCUGGUUCUUGCCUUCCUGAUAAACCAACUUCUUCCAGCAACUCCACCUCAGAAAAAUGACGAGCAGCAAGUAGACAUCUUCCUCAGGCACAUGGAAAAAAUAAUGACCCAGUUCCCCAACCAGCGUCUUGAACUCUGGAAAAGGAGUAAGAUCCACCUGCUGAAGCACCUCCAGACAGCUCAGCCCACAGAACCAGUCAGCCUGAUCCUGACUGCUGGCCUCCGAGGUGAGAGGACGCUGCACUGCCUGGCUCAAGGCAUGGCCUCUGCCUUCUCAUCUGCUCUCAACGCCUCCGUCCUUCACAUCGAUGGAGCCAGUAAAGCCAGCCAGGACAGCGACCAGGUCAAACUGGACAUUGAUACUUACUUACAGGGAGCUUUUGAAGGAGACAAGCCUGUUGCUAUCAUUCACCGCUUCGAGGAGCUGCCUCCAAGCUCCACACUUAUUUUUUACCGAUACUGCGACCAUGAGAAUGCUGCAUACAAGAAAACUUUCCUGAUCUUCACAGUGCUGCUGGGGGAGGAAGAGGAGAUUCCCGCCACAAGUCGUUUGAGUGCUGUGGAGGAGAUGGUCGAUGACCACCUUCAGAAGAAGUUCCUCUCAGAUGGCCAUCCAGUAUCUUAUGACAGGAUGGACCUGGACAAGUAUGGUGGACUGUGGAGUCGCAUUUCUCACCUCAUCCUGCCUGUGGCAGCAGAGGACAAGAUAGAGCACAAUGGAUGCUAGAGGACAUAAUCAUUUUUAUUUUAACUUCAAGUCAAUUCACUGAACUGUUCUGCCUGUUUCUCGAAUGUUGCGUUGUGUGACCUCAGUCAUCCUGAGGCUCGUAGCCGAGGUCCCGCACAUCCAAAGGUUUUUCAUACAUGUGGUAAAUUGAAGCAUACUACAGACAAAUGCAUCAGUCUUAAAUUAAGAUUAUGAGCAUAACACUAAGGGAUGUUUGUAUUCAUUUCUACAGACAAUUAUUAUCAGAAAACAAAAAAGUGGUUCUUUAUUCUGUAAAUUCUUAAAAAAUAUGUAAAUUAUUAAAAAUUGCACAACAAAAAAUAAUCCAACUGAAGAUUUUGUGGAUUUAUUAGAAUGUCUAAUCUUGGUGUUUGUUGGUGCGAUUUGUGUAAAGUUUAAAAGUUAUUUGAUGUCAAGCCUGAUUGUUCUCCUUUGGAUAAUGAUCUUAAAGAUCAAAUAAUAAGGUGGAAGUAUUGUUGUAGUAUCUCAUCACAGGGUUUAUUUAAACAUUUUCUGUAACUUCUUAAACCUUCAUGGCGCCACAUGCCUUAACUGAAAGUCUCAUAUUCCAUUUUCUGUACAAAUAUACAUUUAUCAAGGGUAAGGAAAAAUAUAAUGUCAACACUUUGAUAGAUUAAAUGUGCCUUAAUUUACAAUAAAGCACUGAUAUUGA